AUGCUCGCUCAAACGGGGAGGCUCGGUGACGCGGAAGCAUUCCGCGUCCCUCUGAACGCCAUGGACGACCUAGCGAGCGUCUGCAGCACGAGUACGGCGGCCGCUCCGAUCGACCCGGCGGAAUAUUGGCGGCAGCACAACGCUGUCCGCCUCAGAGAGAAGCACUGGGCCAGCGAGCCGGACGACUCCGACGUCGACUCCUGGCGGGCUGUGUCGCCGGGUGGGGCUCUCGCCGGUUACAGCGUCAGCGGUUACAAGCCGCCCUCGGUGGUAACCACCGCGGCGACCGCAGCUAGCACGAGCUCCACCCGUUCGGUGGCUGGGAGCAGCGGCGCGAUUCCCUGGUGGGCUUCGCUGGGCGGCGGCGCGCCUGCCGCAACCGCCGCCGCUUCUGCUGGCGGCAGCAGUGCGCCUGGCAGCAGUGCGCCUGGCAGCACGAGCUCCGUGUCAGCAUCGCCGUCGCCCCGCGUUCCGCCAAUGGCGCCCCUUCCGCCAGCGGCUGCGCCACAACUACCUCCGCCUCAUCAAUCCUCCUUCCCGCCCCAUGGCCCCGCGGCUUUCACUCCCUCCGCCCCGCAUCUCCCCCAGCAACCGCAACCCUUCCCGCCUCCGCCGCAUUCCGCGGGGCCUUCCGCCCCGGCGGGGUAUGCGCCAUCCGCGCAGGGGUCGUAUGGCGGAAGAGCUCCUUCCCCCCCGACGUGGGGGAAUACUCCCGCUAACUCGCAGUGGCAACUGAAGGCGCAUGGAGCGGAGGAUUGGCAGGCGGCGCAAGCUAAGGGGCAAGAACCGUGGGGCAGCGCACAUGGACCAGCGGCGCAGCAGGUGGGGCACGGAGGGAGGCAUGGCGGGGAAUGGUGGGAGCGCGAUGUUACCGGCGAGAUGGGGCCUGCCAGCCAACGGCCUCCCUCGAACGCCAGCCUGCAGUCAAGCGUUGGCCCAAAUGUUGGCACGCAUUCAAGCAUGGGCUCUCAGCCCAAUGCGCCACAGCACGUGGCGGCGCCGCAGGCGGUCCGUGUGGUGUCCGCUGCGCCCUCCGUGCCCCCGCCGCAGGCGCAGCCGCCAGCGCCAUCCGCAGCAGCGCCAUGGCGUCCUGCGCCCGCUGCAGCAGCAGGCGCAGGAGGGGGAGGGGGAGGGGGAGCGGCGCAGGGAGCAGGGUUACUGGCGGCGGCGGGAGCUGGCGCGCAGCGUUGGGGAGGCAGCCAAGGAGCGCCACAGCCGCCGCGCACUCCCUCUGACUCAGGCUCUGAUGCCAGCCGGUGGCGCGCCAGAGAGUCUGCCUCCGAUGCGAGUCGGUACUCCGCGCCCGCUGCUGCUCCUGCCGCUGCUGCUGCUGCUGCCGCUGCGGCUGCUGCUGGUGCUUCCGCGGGCACUUCGUGGGGUGCUAGCACGGCUGCCGCGCCUAUCAAUGCGGGUGCUGGCUCCGACGCCAGCAGCUGGCGCCGCAGCGUCUCUUCCUCUACCACGCACCCCGCUCCUCCCGCUGUUAACGCGCCUGCCGCUGCUUCUGUCUCUGCUUGGGAUGCCACCCCUGCGCCCUCAGCCGCGCCCGCCCCUGCCAGCACCGCGCCUGCCUCUUCUGCUGCGUUUUCAAGCACAGCCGCUGGCGACGCCGCCACAGCUGCGAGCAGUGGAGGCGUGGAGGGGCAGGUGGCAGGCAAGGUGCCGAUCUACGAUGGGUGGGGCGAUGUCAUCGGGUGGAAGGACGCUCCUGUUGAUACUGCUGCUGCUGCUAUUCCUGCCGCUGCUCUUCCUGCCGCUGCCGCCACUGGCGCGGCUGCUGACGGGGCCGCUGCUGGGGCUGCUGGGGGUGCUGCUGCUGACGCUGGUGCGCAGGAGGGUGAGUAUGCGGAGGGGGAGUAUGGCGAGGGGGAGUACGGGGAAGGGGAGUAUGGCGAGGGGGAGUAUUGGGAGGGGGAGUAUGCUGAAGGGGAAUAUGCGGAGGGGGAAUACGCGGAAGGGGAGUAUGCGGAGGGAGAGUAUGGCGAGGAAGGUAACGCUGCUGGCGACGGUUACGCGGAUGGGGGUUAUGGGGAUGGUGGGGGCGGUGAUGGUGGCGGAAAGGAGGCGGAGAGCUCUUUGGAAGAGGGGAAGGCGGAAGCGGAUGGGGGGAAAUCAGGUGGGGCGAAUGAAGAGGGGGGAGAGGAGGACGAUGAGUUUUGGGACGCGGAGGAGGGAGAGCUUGAGGGCAGUGUGGGCAGUGGCAGUGGCGGCGAGGGGACUGGCAAGGAGACGAGGGGGCAGCAGGCGCAGAUUGGAAAGCAGGCGGCUUCCGCCCAGGCGGGGCCAGUGAAAGAGGCGGUGGGAGUCAGCGCUGCCUGGUCCGACGCCAAGUCAGACCUCAACAGCCAAUGGGGCGACAGCGCCAGCGCCAGCUGGCAGAGCGGCAGUGGCUGGGGGGGCGGCAAUAAGGGGACCGCUGGCGCGGCAGGGGGGAAGGAGGGCGCGGAGUGGGGGGAUGCUGCGCCCACCAGCAGCGGCAGAGGCUCGGGCCGAACCUCCGGCAGUGGGGACGCUGCUGGUGGUGGUGUGUCCACGUGGGAGAGGAGCAGCGGGGGCUUGAGCGCUGCUGGUGGUGCUGCUGGGGCUCUUGGUUCGUCCACGUGGGAGAGGAGCAGUGGCGGCCUCAGCCCUGGUGCUGUUGAUGGUGGUGGCGGUGGUGAUGGCUGGGGAGUGAGUGCCGCGACGGUGGAUUCGGGCAAGAGUGGGCUGGAGUGGCGCAGGAAGGACGGCGUGUCUCCCACUCAUUCCUCCACGUCCUCGCAUUCAGCUGCAGCAGCAGCGGCGAAUGGGAGAGCAGGGGGUGUGGGAGGGGGUCCUGUGGUAACCGGCAACGGGGAAGGAUGGGGGGACGCGGGAGGAGGGGGAGGAUGGGGAGGGGCAGCAGCAGGAGCAUCAGCGGCGGGUGCAGCAGCAGCAGGUAGCGGUGGUGGUGGCAGCCUCAGUAGUCAGAAUGCAGCGGCUGGGACGAGUGGAGGGGGAGGGGGAGGGGGAGCAGUGGACAGCUGGAGGGCGUUUGGGGAGCAGAGGCGGGCGGAGCUGGGGGAGGGCGGAUCUGACGAGGACAUAUGGAAGCAGCAGGAGGAGGACGAGCGCCUGGCGCGCCAGUGGGGGGGCGCGGACAGCGCGGGCUGGGGGGGAAGCAAGGGCGCGGGGGCGGGCAGUGGCGGAAGCAAGGGCGCGGGGGCGGGCAGUGGCGGAAGCAAGGGCGCGGGGGCGGGUGGGGGCAGAAACAAGGGCGGGGGGCUGGGCGAAAGCAAGGGCGCGGGGAGCAGGGCAGGGCGAGGGGACGGUGAUGCAGCAGCGGAAGGGAAGUGGAGGAGGGGGGGUAGCGGGGCGGAGGGGAAGGGCGGGGAGUGGAGGAAGAGCAAUGAGCAGUCCGUGGCGCCUACUCCCAUGCUGCCGCCGAUAGUGGCGCACAGGGAGAUCGACGGGUGGGAGGCGGGCAGCAGGGGCGACAGCAGCGCGUGGGAGACAGAGAGCAACACAUCCGCCGUCUCGUCUCUCAACAAGGGCCUGCGCGCCUGGCAGCACGUCGCUACAGCCUCUGCUGUGGGGUCAGAUGUGGCCCCGGCUGUAGCAGCAUCGGCUGUAGCAUCGGCUGUAGCGCCAGGGAGCGUGGUAUCAGAGCGGUCAGCCACUGACAGUAUUCUCUCUGCUAUUGGCCUCAAGGCUGGGACCAGCGCUGAGACCAGUGCUGAGACGUCUGUCACUCCUGAGACCAGUGGUGCUGGUGCUUCAGCUGGCAACCCUGCUGGUAGCAGCAGCGGCAGUGGCAAGGCGCGUGGGAGCGAGGGCUUGAGAGCAGACGCGCCCCCGUUCCCCGCUGCUGCUGCCUCGUCCACUUCCCUCCCUUCCCCCCUCCGCGCUGACGCCAGCACGUCCCUCCGCGCAGAUGCUCCUUCCUUUAUCCGCGCCCAAGCACCCUCUUACAUCAGUGCCCAGGCACCUUCUUAUAUCAGCGCGCAGGCGCCUUCUUUCAUCCGCGCAUCCGCCCCCCCAUUCACCCCCUCCACCCCCUCCCCUCCCCCCGGCCACAUCCCCGCCCCCUCCACUGUCUCCGCCCCUGGAGCUCUCUCCCCCGCUCCACCGCACCCCACCUCCACGCCCACCUCUCCACCCACCUCCACACCGUCCUCUUACCACGGCCAAUCCCCUGCUUUCGCCGAUCCUUCCGGCCAAUCGUACGGCGACACGGGGGUCUCUUGGCCGGCUAUUGCCCCAUCCACCGCCUUCCCUUCACUCCCCCAGCACGGUUUGGCCUCUGCUGCUGUACCGCCCGCCUCUGCCUUUGCCCACGGCCUCCCGCCUGAUCCAGCGAUAGCAGGAGUGGGCAUGGGCAUGGGGAUGGGAAUGGGCAUGGGCGUGGGCACGGGCGCAUUUAUUCCAGCAACUGGUGGUGGGAGCAUGGGGGGCUGUGGGGAGCAGGGCGGGGGUGGGGGCAGCAGGACGGAGGAGUGGGUGGGGACAGGUGGAAGCCUGGGCAGAGGUGGCCCCGCAAGCACUGUGAGCAGUGCAACUCGUGCAAGCCCUUCCGCUGCAACUUCCGCUGCAGGCGCCGCAAAGCAAGCAACUGCCACAGCCCCUGCCACAGCUGGGCAGAGGGCACAGAACCCCCAGCUCCCCACAGAGAUCGGCAGGGGGGGCAUGGCAUCACCAGGAGCAUCAUCCUCGUGGUCUCAGUCCGGGUACGGACCACAGUCAGAGCUGCACUCCAGUGUGCUGCGCCUGCCGGCAGCAGGGGAGGGCGGGAGCGAGUACGUGCCCCCUGUGAGCGAGCUGGAUGUGGACUUUGACGACAGUGUCAGUAAUGCUGGUGCCGCUGAUCGGGCCCGCGCUGCUGCUGCUGCCCUGGCUGCUGCUGCUGGGGGAGGAAGGCCGGUCGGUGUGAGUAGGUUCGGCACUGGUGCUGCCGCUACUGCUGCUGCUGCUGCUGCUGCUGCUGUUCCUGCUGCUGCUGCUGCUCGUGUUACCCCCCAAGGGCAAGCCAUGGGCGGACUGCUGGGUGAAUACGAUGACGACGACGAGGACGAUGAGUGUGGUGGCAGGGAGGUGGGAGGGGAGGAUGACGACGAGGGCGACGGCGAUGAAGGAGAAGGCGAGGACUCGGCAUUCGACGUGACCGCCACAGACUACAAGCACUCGCCCUCUGUCGCUCUCUUCCUCGUGGACCUCAAAAAGCUGUCCGCGGAUCAGAUCAAGGCGCACGACCGAGAGUACAAGUGUCCCGCGUGCAAGGGCGGCAAGGGCGAGACCGACUGGUGGCCAGGGAUCCGAGCUCUGCUGCAGCACGCAGAGACGAUUCGGUCCAGGAAGAUUGGCGCGCACAGGGCGUUUGCUGCGGCGGUUCAUGUGGAGCUGCGAGAGAGGGGGAUUUUCCUGGGAGGUGGGGGGGUGGGGAGUCAGGGGCAGGAGGGGGUGCUGCAGGGGCAGUGGCGGGGGGUUGGGGGAAGGAGGGCGGAGGAGGGGAAUGCAACGGUGGUGUGGCCGCCCGUGGUGAUCAUCCGGAACACGCGCCUGCGACCCGACGAGGAUGGAAGGGUACGUUAUGGUGUGAUGGUGUGGUGA